CCUUAAGUCGGCCCGCGACCCCCACUAUCUCGCUAUAUUAUCCUGCCAAAACCCUAACCCUAAAUUUUCCAUUCGUUGCUGCAUAUAGUUGUUACCGCUUCGAUCGAGCUUGAAGCUACAGUCCCCGCGCAGCAGCAGCAACUGAAGAAGACGCCAUGGGUAAGGUUCACGGAUCUUUGGCUCGUGCUGGUAAGGUGAGAGGCCAAACACCUAAAGUUGCAAAGCAAGACAAGAAGAAGAGGCCACGAGGUCGUGCCUAUAAGAGAAUGCAAUACAACCGCCGCUUUGUCACCGCAGUUGUGGGAUUUGGCAAGAAGAGAGGACCCAACUCAUCUGAGAAGUAAAGUGGCCGGAUGACAAGUUAUUAAAGUUAUUACUGAUGUAGGUGAAGGCUGAUGUUGGGUUUUUGGAUGAUUUUUCUUGUGUUUUUAAGUAUUUGUGAUAUUCAGUCCCAAAACUAUGCCGAUCAUAUGCUCUUUUUUUGUUAUAAUUAGGAUAAUGUGAUUUUGUUUCCAAGUUAUAUUUCAUUUUGUCACAGCCUUGUUUCUUGUGGA